AAUAAGUUUUGAAAAUAUAAUAUUGAUAAGAUGAAGAACAGGAUUAUAGUGUAACAUACUUAAUAACCUCCCCAAGGAAGAGCAAGUUUGCCAGAGAUUUUGCCAAAAAGAAAUUGAUCAUCAAAAUGGGCAUGGCUUCCGUCAAUGUCUCCAUGACUCUUGUGGUCUUUACGUUGCUCUGCAUGAGCAGAGAGGCUGCCGGAAUUCAGUAUUUAUACCAUUUCUGUUCAAACAGUACUAACCUUACUUUCACUCCCAACAGCACCUAUCAGUCCAAUCUCUAUCGACUCCUUUCCUCCCUUUCCUCCAACGCCGGACAUGAAGAUGGUUUCUACAACACCACCGUAGGACAAAACGCUUCCGACAUUGUCUACGGACUCUUCCUCUGUCGUGGCGACCUUUCCACCCAAGAAUGCCAAGACUGCGUGGACAUUGCGACCCAAGAGGUGAUUAAUCCAUACUGCCCCAUAGAAAAAACGGCCGUGAUCUGGUACGAGGAGUGCAUGAUACGUUACUCAGACCAAUCUUUCUUCUCCACCAUGAACACGUUGCCUGGAGUUUACGUUCCUAGUCGGGAAAAUAUUUCUGAUCCAGAUCUGUUUAACGAGGUAUUGAUGGCGACGAUAAACGACCACUUGGUAAGCCAGGGUACAAAUGUUAGAACCGGUGCCAAAAAAUUUGCAACGAAAGAAGCGAAUUUUUCGGGGUCUCAAACACUAUACACUCUUGAGCAGUGCACACCUGACAUAUCCAGCUCUGAUUGCAGUAGGUGCAUACAGGAAGCGAUAGCGCUACUGUCGACAUGUUGUAGUGGACGCCCAGGGGCAAGAAUUUUGUUUUCUAGCUGUAGAAUUAGGUACGAAAUCUACUCAUUUUACCGAACGCUUAAUGCAAUGACAGUACCAACGCCUAUGCCAUCAAUUCUUCCUCCUCCGCCUUCAGGUUCAUCACUGCAGGAUUCGGGAAAACACAAAAUCAGAGUUCUAAAAAUCACCGUUAGUACUACUCUCGUUCCUGCUGCGGCGGUGCUAUUGGUUCUGGGCUUCUAUUUACUAAGAAGAGAGAGACUUGCCGGAAAGGAUAUUCAAAUCGCUGGGAAUGAUGUUUCAACCGUAGAGGAACCUGUAGAGUCCUUGCAAUUUGAUUUGGCUACGAUCGAAGCUGCCACAAACAACUUCUCGGAAAAUAACAAGCUAGGUAAAGGUGGAUUUGGUGACGUUUACAAGGGUAUACUUCUGAAUGGACAAAAAAUAGCUGUGAAGAGACUGUUGAGAAGCACUACACAAGAUGUAAAAGACUUUAAGAAUGAGGUUAUCUUGGUAGCCAAGCUUCAACAUCGAAACCUUGUGAGAUUCUUGGGAUUUUGCUUGGAAGGAGAGGAAAAGAUACUUGUCUACGAAUUUGUGGCCAACAAAAGCCUUGACCAUUUUCUAUACGACUGUGGUAAACAAAGACUAUUGGAUUGGACAACACGUAGCAAGAUUAUAAGAGGAAUUGCUCGAGGAAUUCUUUAUCUUCAUGAAGAUUCUCAUUUUAAAAUCAUACAUCGUGAUCUUAAAGCUAGCAACAUAUUGUUGGAGGAGGAUAUGAAUCCAAAAAUUUCAGAUUUCGGCAUAUCAAAGAUCUUUGAAGUUGACCAAACUCAAGCGAAUACAAGUAGGAUCUUUGGAACAUAUGGUUACAUGGCUCCAGAAUAUGCAAUAUAUGGACAAUAUUCUGUCAAAUCUGAUGUAUAUAGUUUUGGUGUCUUAACUCUUGAGAUUUUAAGUGGUAGGAAGAAUAUUUCUGAGGACCUCAAAGGUUAUGCCUGGAAGCUUUGGAGGAAUGGAACCCUCGUGGAGUUUUUGGAUCCAACUUUGGAAGACGCUUACUCAAGUAAUGAAGUCGUCAGAUGUAUCCAUAUUGCCUUACUAUGUGUUCAGGAAGAUCCAGCCGACAGACCCACAAUGGCAUCAAUAGUUCUCAUGCUAAACAGUUUAUCCAUUGCUCUUCCAUCACCUCAUACAAGAAUCGAGCCAAACAAAGCAUUUAAGGAGCAGGAGUCAGAUCAAUUGUCAAGCAAAUCAAUGUCAUCGUCUGUUAACGAAGUGACUAUUACUGAUCUACACUCUCGGUAGUGUGAUAAAACAAUCUAUGACCUAAUAAUAUUGAGUGUGAAACUGGAAUGCAUGCAUGAACGCGUAUAUAUUGUUACAAUAUUUUAGAAUGUUAUCUUUAUUAGGUCUUUAUUCAGUUUUCUUAUUCAUCACUGCUGUAUCCCUUUAAUGGUUUACUUCAAUAGUGGAGAUGUAACUCUUUAACGGUUUUAA